CCGUAGAGAGUUUGUAUCAUAAUUUUAUUCAUUACUACCAUAUAUUGUCGCAAAAUGGAACAGACGCCACAUACCCUACAUACCUGGCCACUGUAUACAUAUUAUACAUAGAUAUAUUCUUAGGUAAAUGCGAAACGAUGCUAACGUGUGUUGUACGCUAUUUGCUUGUGCGUGCGAAACACAUGUAGAACAUUAAUAACCAAUCGGAACAGGCUGAUACGUAGUUGGUAUGAAGAAGGAGAAACGCGACAGUUGGUCAAAGGGAUCGAACGCAAUAAUAAUAUCGUUGUAAAUAUUUAAAAGUAGGAUCCUGCGAAGGAGAAUUUCGAUUGAUCAUCUGUAAUUUGGAAAUGGUGCGUAGUCAGCGAGUGGCUGGCUCUGAUUCGAAAUACGGAACGUCCGAUAAGUCGUUGGAUUUGGUUGUGAAUUUUGAAGAGUCAAAAACAACAAGCGAAGGCGAAGAAGGGCAGCUGUCAUCAGGGACGGCAAACAGCUGUUCCUCUUGGAAAAGUGCUAAUCGUACGACAGAAAUGGCGCAAGAAGACAACAGUCCCUGCUGCUGGAACAAUUUACCCAGCGUCAUUUUAUUCGAGAUAUUUUCCUACUUACCUCACGACGAAAAGAUAAAAACAUCACAAGUAUGCAGGAAUUGGAGGUACGCCCUUUUUCAUCCUUGCUUUUGGAAGAAAAUUACAUUCACUCUGGACGUUAGAAACGAGGAUAACAUGCCGAGAGCUCGAUUCUUGGCCAACUAUUUUGCACACAGCGUUCGAGAAGUUAUAAUAAAAUGUGACACCGCUAGUUAUUUUGUCAAUGAGACGUCCAGACUUCUUACUAAAUUAAGCACCAAUAUACAUCUUCGUAAACUUUACUUAGAGCCAAGCAGUUGUACCUUUGAUUGGCCAGCAAGACGAGCGAACAACAGAGAUGAAGGACGGCUAAUAUGCACACCCAUGCUAGAACCUCUUUUAGAAAUUGUCAAAAGAACAAUAUCCCUCCAAGCCCUGAGUCUGGGAUGUGCGGAGGACCUGGCCGCCAAUUCGGGUGUAAUUUUGGAUGCACUUCAAUACCACCAUGCAAAGAAUUUGACCCACUUGAGUCUAGCAUCUGUAAAAGAAGACCCUGAUGGCUAUAUUCUGCUGGAAUUGGACACCUUCGUGUUCAGGUCGUUUAUAAGGCUCUCGAUACUGACGAUAGACUAUGACAAUGUCAGCGACAUGUUGCUCCAGGCACUAGACAAUGGUUUGAUGGAACGACUAGUUAUCCACGUGCAUGGACUCGACGACGAUCAUCCUGGCACCACUAAUAAUGCUUGGAUGUUAUUUGUUCACAAAAACCCACGCUGCGAGCUUCGUCUCAAUCUGCUGCACUCCUACGAUGCGGUCACUGUUCUAGAUUCAGACAUUUUGAGACCAGCGAUGCCCCUAGCAGAACUCAAGGUACUUUUUUGCGAGACCGUUAAUGUUAGAGCUUUGCACCAACUGUCCAGCUGGUAUCCAAAAACUCUGAGAUCUGUUGUCUGGAUCGAUUGUAUAGAUCUGAAACCAUCCCUGCCUAUUACUUACGAGUCGAACAGUCCUGACCCCUUGGUGCUCAUUGCUUGGACCUGCACAAAACUGAUGGAGCUAGUAUUUCUUGGAUAUAAGUAUUUCCAAGACGAUCUAUUAGCCAUCACUCGUCUUCGAGGUUCGACGUUGAAACGACUUGAAUUUGCAGAACGGGAUAUUUUGAUCGAAUCAUGUUCAGCCAAAGCUACAAAGAAUGAAAUUAGUGAAAUAAUGGGUGGUUUUUGGCAACCAUUGAGCGACGCGGAGCUACCACCUGUCGUUAUGGAUCCUCUAAAUGGUAAUAGCAUUGAAGUUAUAAUGCCGAUGGUUCUGAGCGACCAGAAGUAAGAUUCCGAUGAGAAAUUCUUCAACCAUUUUUUCUACCAGCACCACCUGUUAACAGUAGCCAUUUCUGGGGACUACACAUCUCAGAAGCACAGGCGCUAAGUCAUAUCCUUUAUUUUUCUAUCGAUUUAUUUUUAAGAAAGGCUUACGAUUCGCAAAAAUCUAUGAUCUGGAUGCGUUUACACGUUUGAAAAAUUUUAAAAAAUUCUCAAAUCCCAAGACCCGAUAAUACAAAUUUGACGUUUUGUUUGAAACUAAUCUAGUAUGCGUAACUAUAGAAAAUGUACUUCAAAGAAGUACGAGUCCACUGAAAAAUAGUUAUGAGGUAUAAAUUGUGUUGUGUAAUUUUGAAAAUAGGUCAUAUAGCCAUGUCAUACAUAAUGCAAGGUUAUUAAUCAUAUGAUGGAUCUAUUUUUGUGAGAUUUACAGAAUUUUUUCGUUGCGAGCUGAAAUUAGAGUUGGCCACCGUGAUUUAAAUUG